AUGUCGGCACGUAAGGAUUACAGCUACCGACAAGAUGAGGAUGGUGAACUGCCCAUGCUGAUUGGGGGAGAUGAGAAAAAUUUGAAGGAACUUUUGGGAGCUGUUAGUUCUGACGGUGGACGUUACAUAGUGUCUGACAAGAAAAUUGAGCAGGCUAACAAGCAGCUAGAGGUUGGCAGUGCCAUAAGUGGCAAGAAAAUCCCCGUAACAAUAAUUACCGGGUAUUUGGGCUCGGGAAAGUCCACUUUGCUUGAAAAAAUCGCUUUGAAGGGUUCAGACAAAAAAAUUGCCGUUAUUCUGAAUGAGUUCGGGGACUCGAGCGAGAUCGAAAAGUCCAUGACAAUCAGAAGUGGUAGUAAUUCUUACGAAGAGUGGCUCGAUCUGGGAAACGGGUGUUUGUGCUGUAGCAUGCAAGAUGUGGGAGUCAAAGCAAUCGAGAGUCUAAUUUCCCGCUGUCCUGGAAAAAUCGACUACAUUCUGCUGGAGACGUCAGGGGUCGCAGAUCCACAUCCAAUCGCUAAAAUGUUCUGGCAGGAUGAAGGUCUUUACAGUAAUGUGUAUUUGGACUCGAUAGUGACUGUUCUUGAUGCAGAAAAUGUCUUGACCUGUCUGGACGACGUUUCCCCUGCAACACACUGGCAUGGCGAAGAUGUUGGUAUUGACGGAAACAUGACCGUUUCUCAUUUGCAAAUCGCCAUGGCAGACUCCAUUAUACUUAAUAAGAUGGAUAGACUGAGUGAUAUUGAAACGGUACGAAGAGUAGAACUUAAAGUGCGGCAAAUUAAUUCAAUGGCCCCCAUACAUCAUGCCAGUUAUGCUGAAAUCCCAUUAAACAAAGUUCUAGAUCUGCAUUCCUUUGACACCGUGAAAUUCGAAAAUGCUCCACAGGGAACCUUCCACGACCCUCGCAUCACCACAAUCACACUAGAAUUUAGACCAUUGACUAACGAGAAUGAAUUUCAAAAGUUCCUUCAAAGUUUCCUACGUCCUAUCCUUUGGAAAGGCUUUGGAUCUGAUCUUCAGGGAGACUGGGAAAUCUUGAGGACUAAGGGUCUUCUUCGCGUUGCCGAAACAUGCAAAAUUAUACAAGGCGUUCGAGAGACUUUUGACGUUUUACCUAGUCUUAACUUGGACCAAACCAAAAACUGCAAAAUGGUGUUUAUCGGCAAAGGGAUCACAAGGUCUGUUCUCGAAGAAAGGCUUUCAAAAGCCAUUUAG